UCUCGAAAAUGGGGGCGUGGGAGAUAAUGGCGAUGGUCGUGGGCUUCAUCGUUCUCAACGUGAAGGCAGUCGUCCUCAUACUCAUAGACGUGUACCACCUCGUGUUCCCGCCGGAGGAGAAGGAGAUCCACGAGCAGUUGGUGUUGGUGACAGGUUCAGGUCAGAACUUGGGUCGCGAACUUGCCCUUCAGUUGGCGCGGAUGGGAGCAAAGCUGAUACUGUGGGAUUAUGAUGAAAACCACAAUGAGGAGACUGCAGAUAUGAUACGACAGAUCGGCGGGGAGGCCUAUACCUUCACGUGUGAUAUAUCCGACCAGAAGGCUGUUGCUGCUGCAGCUACAAGGGUGAGGCGAGACAUCGGUCAUCCUGCCUUCGUCUUCAACAAUGCGGGGACCUACGAGCACAAGCCCUUCCUUGCUCACUCGCCGCAGGAGAUCAGGCGCCUUGUGGAAGUGAACCUGCUGGGGAACAUUUGGGUGACUCGAGAGUUUCUUGGCCACAUGGUUCAACACAACCGUGGUCAUAUUGUCUGCAUAUCUUCUGUUCUUGGUUUUAUGGGUCGGAGUAAUGUUGUGCCCUAUUGCGCUUCUAAGUUUGGAGUAAAAGGCAUGACAGAGGCUCUAGCUGAAGAGAUGAGGAUGGAGAGGAGGAGUGGUGUGAGGGUUACUGCAGUUCACCCAUUCCUCAUCUCCAAUGUGAAUGAUGUCAAGCCUAAUCUCAAGUUCCCAUGGUUGUUUGAGAUCUUGGAACCAGCUGAUGCUGCUUCACGAAUCAUUAAGGGUGUAAGACGGAACCAGGAAGAAAUAUUCCUGCCUGAAAAGCUAAAACCUCUUAUGGUAUUCUCAAAAGUCCUUCCACGGAAGUUGCGGCGAUUGUUUGGUGACUACAUGGAGUCAUAAAGAUCUGUAUCAAAACUUUUAAAGGAAUGGAGUAUCAGGAGCCUCUCUACCAACCUCUGUUGGACCGUAGUUCAUAAUGUGGAAAAUAUCCAUUAUAAUCUUUUGUCACUUCCUGUGUACGGACUUUAAUUAUAUUUAUUUUUGUAGAUUAAUAGCUCUCUUUUUGUUUGUUUGUAUGAGUAUCUGAAAUAAGGGUUUGUAAAUUUAGAAAAAAAAUCACAUUUUGUUUUGAGAUAACAAAUAAAAUUUUAUUUUCAAUGAAGAAUUACAGUAUGGAUAUUGUAUCCUAACUGUGAUUAACCUAACAGUGGACUGAUCUGCCAUUAGACAUUGCUAGGACUGUUGCUUGUUUAUGUUUUCUAAUUUUUUGAGUAUCCAUAAUAGAAAUCUUUAAAUUCCUUGAGGUGUAGGAAAAUACCUGAGCACUGAAUGAAAAAAUAAAUGCACAAUGUUAGUUAAAUAAAAUAUUUUGCAUUAUCUCUAAUCU